UGAUAUACGUGACAAAGAAAAAUAAGAAAAUUUGUUGGAAGUCACGCCAGGGUGCGUCAAAUGCGUCCGCCAACAUGGCCACGUGCUAACGAGGGACGUGUUUACGCGAGAGCUAGUGUAAAAGAGAGAAAGAGAAAGAUAUCCGAAUGAACUUGAGUGAGAAAGAGAUAUAUAUAUAUAUAUACAUAUAUAGGGAAAAAGAGGGAAGAAGAUAUAGGCGUCACCGUUGUACAUAGAUUUUAAACGGCACAUCGUAUAAAUCGUCUAUGGUGAUUGGUUCGUGUUCCUAGUCAUGACGACAUAGAAAUAAAUAAAGAAAAAUAAAGAUAAAAAUAAUGUUCUUGUAUAAUUCUUGAUCGCGUUUUAAAAAAUACGUCCUCGUCGUAGUUGUCCCCGAGGUCGUCGUGUUGUUUUGUCGUUGCCGUUUCUCAUCGUAGUGUUGGUGUUGAUGUUGAAUAUGGCGAAGAACACUGACGAACCUAAUCGCCAACAACUCUACAGGUCUACCUGCUGCAAGGAUAAAACUAAAGAAAAUGAAUUUGACGAUGAGCAAUUAACAAAACGUUUCGUUAAUUCUUGCACAAGCUCAUCAUCGAUUGCAACUACCACCACAAGUACAAAUACAAAUACAACAACAACGAUGAUGUCAACAACGGUUUCAAGAAAUUAUCGUCCACGUGGAAGCUUGGCAAGAAUUCUUUAUGAUAAACAAAGAGCCGACGAGAGAUUAGAUGCCUAUGACAAAAGACAGUGGUACAAGGUAGACAGCAGUAAGAUCCGAGACGAUUUGCUAAAGCUAUGGGUUCCACUGGGUGCGGGUCCCUGCCGGGACCAGCCGGAUGAAGCCACCGAGAUUUUCUUGAUGAGAUCCACCGAGAGGUCUGAAUCUUUACCACUGCAAGCUUGGCAUUCGUUGGCGAGAUCGGCCCUCUCUUGGUUCAUCAGUCGCACCUCCAUCAAUGGAUUAUUAGGACGAGGUUCCAUGCAUGUAUUCUCCAGCGAGCAAUUUGAAAAAUUAAUGGAAGCUAGCGGUUACAAAGGUCCUUGGGAAUCCCUCGUUGAUUUGGGUGCUGGUGAUGGUGCUACCACUGCUCACGUGGCUCAUCUAUUUGAAAGAGUUUAUGCUACUGAUAUUUCACCGCCUAUGAGAUGGGCAUUGGCCAAACGAAAAUUUAUAGUAUUGGACGUCGACAAAUGGUACGAGGAAGCUGGUCAAUUCGACGUAAUACUUUGUUUGAAUUUGCUCGAUCGUUGCGAUCGUCCUAACAGUUUGCUAAGACAAUUUCGAAAAUCCUUGAAAACAGGAGGUCGACUAGUGGUAGCAUUGGUUUUACCAUUUAGUCCAUACGUUGAAGUUGGUGAUAGAGGUGAUCACAAACCAUCUGAGUAUCUGCCAGUUAAAGGAAUUGGCUUGGAAGGUCAAAUAGCUGGUUUAGUCGAUCGAGUCUUUACACCAUUGGGCCUAAGAUGUUUGGCUUGGAGUAAACUACCAUAUCUCUGCGAGGGCGACCUGGGCCAGUCCUAUUACUUUCUCGAUGAUGUCCUCUUCGUUCUGGAAGUAGUACCAGUUAGUAAAACAAAUCCUGCGACUAGUUCUUCUGAUAGUACAAUAUUAUCGUCAUCUCGGUUACAACACUGAUCGAAGAAGAACUUUUAGGACAAUGUUUAUAACGAAUAUGAAGAUAACGUUAAUGAUACUCAUAAUGGAACCAGGAUUGGCCUAACUAUAUGAUCAAACCAAACAACCAAUUGAAUGAUACAAGGAAAUUCAAUAUUCUAUGGAUUACUUGGACAACGUUUUAAAAAG